AUGAACCAGCGCCUCCUUUCCACCACACGCCAGCCGCGGUCAUCAGAGCCAUCGUCCACCUCAGAUCGCCAGACUCACUUUGGAUUCGAGACGGUCACGGAAUCCGUCAAGCGGGAGCGGGUUGCCGAGGUCUUUACCAGCGUUGCUGAGUCGUACGACAAGAUGAACGACUUGAUGUCACUAGGAGUUCAUCGUCUGUGGAAGGACUACUUUGUCUCCUCACUCAACCCAGGAGCCACAAACCCCCCCGGCAUGCCCCAGCGCAUCCUCGACGUCGCCGGAGGCACCGGCGACAUCGCCUUCCGCAUGCUGCAGCACGCCCACGUCAACAACGGCAACCCAAACGUCCACGUCACCAUCUCAGACAUCAACCCGGCCAUGCUCGCCGUCGGCAGGCAGCGCUCCCUCGCCCUCCCAGCAUCCCACCAGUCCUCCCUGUCCUUCCUCGAGGCAAACGCCGAGGUCCUGCCCUCGUCCCUCGAGGACAACUCGCUCGACCUCUACACGGUCGCCUUUGGCAUCCGCAACUUCUCCAACAUGCCCGCCGCCCUCAAGGAGGCCUACAGAGUCCUCAAGCCCGGCGGCGUCUUCGCGUGCAUGGAGUUCUCAAAGGUCGACAAGUACCCCCUGUUCAAUGCCAUCUACAAGCAGUGGUCCUUCAGCGCCAUCCCCCUCAUCGGCCAGCUCGUUGCGGGCGACCGCGAUAGCUACCAGUACCUGGUGGAGAGCAUCGAGAGGUUUCCCUCUCAAACAGAGUUCCGAGACAUGAUUGCUGAUGCGGGUUUCGCCAUUGUGGGCAAGGGAUACGAGGACCUCACCGGUGGCGUCGCAGCCAUUCAUAAGGGUAUCAAGCCCCUAUGA